AUGUACCCUCAGAUAUUAACUUGUCACUUUAACACAUAUUAUUUAGCUUGUGCUUUUAACAUACAACAUUCUUUGUGUGCAUUCAACACACAACAUUCUUCUGGUGACUUCAUCAAUACACCACAUUCUUCUGGUGUCUUCAUCAACACACAAACUUCUGCUUGUGACUUCAGCAACACACAACAUUCUUCUUGUGACUUCAUCAACACACCACAUUCUUCUGGUGACUUCAUCAAUACAUCACAUUCUUCUGGUGUCUUCAUCAACACACAACAUUCUUCUGGUGACUUCAUCAACACACAACAUUCUUCUUGUGACUUCAUCAACACACAACAUUCUUCUGGUGACUUCAUCAACACACAACAUUCUUCUUGUGACUUCAUCAACACACAACAUUCUUCUGGUGACUUAAUCAAUACACAACACUCUUCUGGUGACUUCAAUAACACAACACUCUUCUGGUGA